AUGCACGUUGUGACACAUAUUGAACAUGAUAUCCCCAAAGCCUGGGAGAAGAAAAAAGCACCACAACCAUGGAAACACCCAGCACCUGAGGCUACAGACGAUCCAACUCCCACCAAUCCCAUUCCAAAGAAGAGGGUCAAAUCUCAAGCAGCCCGUUUAUAUCCAUCUCCAUUGUUAGACGACCAUGGGCAGGCCAAGGAUGUUGCACAACAGGUCAGUAACACUACGAAGCACCACGAACAUAUAAACCAUAGCCAGACCCGCGCCCUCAAUAUUGGUAAGGAUAAGUAUACCGACCAUAUUGAGGAUGAUGGCGAUCAUUGGCAAGAUGAUAUAGAGGAAGAAAGUGAUGAUGAAGAUAGCCUAUAUGAAGAUGAAGAAGACGAACUUGAUGACAACAAUGAUGGGGUCAGACAAACAGACCAAGAACAAUUGUUGUUGGUCCCAACAUGUGCAACAGCCCAAUUGCUCUGGACCAGGCCCCCCAGCAGGAGGAGCUUUUUGAUGAUGAAGAUAGAGAUGGCUGAGGACGAUGGCAUGGAGGAGAAUGAUGAUGCUUCCCAAGCCAAGAAAGCUGUUUGGCAGGAAAAGAUUGAAGCCGAGAAAUCAUUCAAUGCCUCAAAGAAGAAGACCUCAGGGUCUAUUGCCAACCUAUUCUUGACCAUCGUUGAAUGGGGUCUCAUCCGCAAGGCUAUUCGGCAGCUUGUGACGGUCUACUACAAGCACCUAUGUAGAACGAACGAGAUAAUAUUAUCACCGGGCAUAGCAUGGGAUUACAUACCUCAGUCGUACCAGUAUAUGAUUCUUGAGGUAUUGAUGACACGCCGUGGCUAUAUCUACCAGCAAAAAGAUGAUGGUUCCGUAGAUCACCGGAAACUAUACCAGGUGUCCAUUCUUGCCCCCGGCAUCAAAGCGGCCUUCUUUGACAGUGACGGUGUGGAUAAUACAGUUGAGAAACCCGGUUUCUCGGAGAAACCCCAAGAACCCCCUUCAAAUAAACUUUAUCAAUGUAGCAACCGGGGUGUGUCUUCCGGCGAGGCCAUAUAG